AUGGCAAGCACCGAUCCUUGCGACUUCACGGUGGUCCUGGUUGGCAUUCUAGGAGCAGGCAAGAGCUCAACUGGCAAUUUACUGCUUGCGAAAGAUUUUGAGUCAGGCUCCUUCAGGACAGGACGCGGGCUACAGUCGGUAACAACAUCAUGCUCGGCCGCUGACUCUUUGGUCCAGGGGGAUUUUGGCACGGCUCGGCUACGAGUCAUCGACAUGCCAGGGCUGGAUGAUCCAGGGAAGGGUGCUGAAGACAUGAUGGCAGUGUUCAGGGAGGUGCAAGAACAUGCGCCUAGCGGUGUGGACGUCUUCCUUCUGGUCACGCCAGAAACCUCCUUACGGAGCUUUGGGAAGGUGCAAGAGAUGCUUCUUUUCUUUUGCGGGCCCGUCCUAGAGCGGAGCAUUUUGGUGCUGACAGGUUGCCGUCACGUAGACGAGGAAAUGCUACAAUCACUAGAACCAGGGCCUUUGCAGUACUGGGCUAGAUCUGCAAGACAGAGGAUCCUUUGCAUCGACCGCAAGAAAGAGCCCUUAGAAGCGAGGGAGAAACUCCUAAAGCUGCUGAUGGAUCUUCGCACGUCCGGCGCUGCAGAUCCCAGAGUUGACAUGAGGAGAUCGCUGGCAGAUGCGGAGACAUGGCUUCGGCAGAGUAGAGACCGAUCCAUGCUGCUGCCCGAGCCCUGGAGGGGCUUUGCGCUGGAGUCCAUUCAAGAUGCGAGCGUCCGAUUGGACCGCCAAUGCAUUGUACCCGAGGUAUCUCGGUGCUAUCCGUAUGGUCCGCCGCAGAGUAUGGACGAUCCAUCCUUGCGCCGCAGCGACCGAACGGCCUUUGACGACUUCAUGCGACCGGUUUUGUGGAACAAGGCGGGAGAGGAGGUCGAGCUCGGCCAGCUCGACCGCAUGAAGGAUAGGGCUUACGAGAAGCUCUUCCUGGUAGCCUGGCCGAACGACGAGGGCCUAGCCCAUAGUCGUCCGGUGGCAUCCUUUCGGGAUCUCCUGGACCUCGAGAUGGGAACGCACCACAUCAUUCUGGACGAGCAAUCCAGCGGCUGGACAAAGGCCGCACACUUCCUCCGACUGCCCGAGCGCAUGGAGAAGGACCAGACGAUCCCGGGUUCCUACCAAAACGUUUUGAGGCUGCGCUGGGGUGGAGCAGUCCUAUAUGUUGUCUUCAAGGGCAGCAAGCUUCUGUCGGCUGCGGGCAUCCGGAGCAACGUGUCCGGCUUCCAGGACAUACCGCGUCAACGACCAGUGCUUCUUGCCGGCGUGGCGUCUGUGGUCGUCUCACGACUGGGGGCCAGCUGCGCUGCGACCUGCUCAGAGUUGGAGACGGGUGCGAGGUGUCACGACCCGGAUUUGAUUUUCUUGAAUGCAUGUUCUGCUCUUCGCCACUUCAUGGGCCACGAAGCCUGCGGUGAAUGCAUUGCCGGCGAUGGCCAGGAGUAUCCUUCUGUGGUCCUGUUUGACACUCAAUUGUCGGGCUCUGCGCCUCACUUCAAUGCCAAAGUCCGGAACAAGCUCUUCUUCGCCAACUCGGCUUCGUUUGAUCAGGGCUUGGCGUCGAAUCUGCAGGGUUUCGGAUUCUUUGAAGCAUUCCUCUAA